GUGAGUCCAUCAUGGCGCUGGUGGCUGAGUUUCUGGGUCAGCUGACGCUCUCGUACGGCGGGGAAGAGGAGCCCAAAUAUCCCACAGUGGUGCCGGUACGAGACUUUGACCCGACCAGAGAUGCUGCCAGAAUUGAUACAGCCAUGAAAACUAAAGGAGUUGAUGAACAGACCAUCACUGAUAUUCUGACCAGACGCAGCUACGAGCAGCGAAGACAGAUCGCAUUCGAGUUUGAACGGAUCUCUAAAAAGGAUCUGAUCACGGCUCUGAAGGGUGCGCUCUCCGGCCCUCUGGAGGCUCUCAUGUUGGGUCUGAUGAAGAGCACCACCCAGUACGAUGCUUCGGAGCUCAAGGCCUCCAUGAAGGGACUAGGAACUGACGAGGAAACUCUCAUCGAGCUCGUCUGCUCGAGAAAUAAUGAAGAACUGACAGAGAUCAAGACGGUUUACAAAGAUUUGUUUAAAAAGGAGCUGGAAAAGGAUAUUGCAGGAGACACUUCAGGAGACUUUGCCAAACUCCUGCUUGCUCUAGUUCAGACCAAAAGGGACGAACAGUCCAACGUUGUGGACUACGAGAAGAUUGAUGAUGAUGCAAGAUCUCUGUAUGAAGCUGGAGUAAAGAGGAAAGGAACCGAUGUGUCCACCUGGAUCUCCAUCAUGUCUCAGAGAAGCAUCCCCCACCUGCAGAGAGUGUUUGAGCGCUAUAAGAGCUACAGUCCGUACAACAUUAAGGAGAGCAUCAGGAAGGAGGUGAAGGGAGAUCUGGAGAAGUCCUUCCUCACUCUGGUGGAGUGCUUUGAGAACAAGCAGCUGUACUUUGCCAAUAGACUCAACGAAGCCAUGAAGAGUAAAGGAGCCAAGGAGAAAGUGGUGACCAGGAUCAUGGUGUCUCGCUGUGAAGUGGACCUGAUGAAAAUUAGGUCAGAGUUCAAGAGGCAGCACAAGAAGUCCCUGUAUCAGACCAUCGCUGAACACACCAAGGGAGACUACCAGAAGGCUCUGCUCAGCCUCUGUGGAGGAGACGACUGACCGCUGCGCAGGAGGCCAGCCGAGCGUCACACACUGCGUGUAUCUCUGCAGCUCAUGUUCAAGGCAAUAAUAAAGAUGUGACCAGCAGGGGUCAGCAGAGA